UUCCUCUUCUGGUCUCCUUUGUGCUGUUGGAGCAGGAAACCCGAUCCUUUAUGUUCCUGCGUGCAGACUGGGGGCUUGGAACAAACUUCCUGUAGGACACCUGACACAGCUUCUGGGCUCUCAAAAUGUCAUACGGCAGAAGCGAUCCAGAGUUCCAAACAGUGGAAAUGCAAAAGGAGCAGGAAGAUACCAGCAAAGGCAAUGCCAGCACUGGGAAUGCCGCAGAAACACAGCCAGACGCGGCUGCAUCCUCAGCUUCCAGGGGCUUUCGCUACCCAGGGCCUCAUCGUGACCAAUAUGAAGCAAGGAAAUAUUUUGUCACCAGGGCUGGAGCCUUUGACCAAGCGGUGGAGGACUUGAAGGCCCACGUGAUCGAGAACAUGGGAGAAACAGCCCACGGCUUCUGGCUUCUGACGGAGAUUGACCACUGGAACAACGAGAAGGAGCGCAUCGUGGUGAUCACAGACUCGUCCCUCCUGAUCUGCAAAUAUGACUUCAUCAUGUUAAAGUGCCUCCAGCUACAGAGAAUUCCCUUGGGUGACAUCAACCGCAUUUGCAUGGGAUCUUUCACCUUUCCCGAGCGGUCUUUGGACAGGAGGGAAGGAGAAGGCCUAAGGAUCUACUGGACAAAGCAGCAAGAACCGGAUUUCCUGUCGCGCUGGAAUCCAUUUUCCACAGAAGUGCCAUAUGCAACGUUCAUGGAACACCCAGUGAAGAACAGCAGCCAGAGGCUUAUUGACAUCUGUCAGAUGUCCCCGUUCGUGGCACAGCUGGUGCAAGCUGUCCAGAAUGUUCAGAGACAAGACCCUGCGUCGACCAGAACAGACGGGCUGGGCGUGGUGUACGAGCCCAUCCUUAUUGAGACCUACACGGGCCUGAUGUCUUUCAUUGGCAACCGAAACAAGCUGGGGUAUUCCCUCGCUCGGGGGAGUGUUGGCUUUUGAAGAGUGCCGCCCCGGGGGGAUUUUAUUUUGUGCUGGAAGUUUACUAAACAGGAUGUGGUCUGAUAAAUGGCUCAGAUGCACCGCUGGGCUUAAUUGCAAACCCUCCUUCUUGGAAGCAUCAUUUCCCUGGGCCAAGAACAACUGAGUCACAUGGUUUUCCCCGCCCAAGUCCAUCUCAUACAUGAGUCAUGAAAGGGUGCGGGGGGGGGGAGUACAGGAUCUAGGGUUGCCAGUCUCUAGGUGCAGGUUGGAGAUCUCCUGAAAUUAUAACUAAUCUUCAGACUACAUAGAUCAGUUCCCCUGGAACUGCCUGCUUUGGAGGGUGGGCUCUAUCACGUUAAACCUGCUGAGGCUCCUCCCCUCCCCAAAUCCCACCCUCUUCAGGCUCCACCCCUCCAGGAAUUUCCCAAUCCAUAGCUGGCAACUCAACCUGGAUACAGUGUGCUAGCACAGCAGUCCCCAACCUUUUUGGCACCAGGGACCAGUUUCGUGGAAGACAAUUUUUCCAUGGACCGGGGAGGGGGGGCGGGCAGGGGGAUGGUUUCAGAAUGAUACAAUUGUGCACUUUAUUUCUAUUAUUACAUUAUAAAUUAUAAAAUAAUUAUACAGCUCACCACAAUGCAGAAUCAGUGGGAGUUUUGAGUUCGUGUUCCUGCAACUAGACGGUCCCAUCUGGGGGUGAUAGGCGACCACCUACCUUGCCUGCUCCCUGGAGCCGGCUCUGCGCUCGCCCACCACUCACCUCCUGUGCGGCCUGGUUGCUAACAGGCCACGGACUGGGACUGGUCCACGGACUGGGGGUUGGGGACCCCUGUGCUAGCAGAUCAGCUCUGAAGGAUCCAGCUAUAUUGUGUUUCUAAAAUGUCGUGAAUAGACAAUAUCACCGUCACAGGCUUAGAGCUGGAGGCAUCCCCUGCCCUCAGCUUUAGAAUGCCAGGAAAACCUAAACCCAUUUAUCUCCUCCUACACACACACACACACACACACACACACACCUGCCUUAUACUUAAAAUCUACUCUUUGGUCACAUGCAGAAGUUAAUCCACUGAUCUCAGACGUUUCUCUUGCGCUUGUGGAAGAGUUUGCCCUUAAUUUCGGUGAGGCUUCUUUAUUCUUUCUACACUCUCUACUUGAUUCUGCUUUGUUUCCGGUCCUCAGUAACUUUCCACUACAAUGGCUUGCCCGUAAGAUUCCCAGUGAGUUAAAGGGCCAGUCUGCUCCUAUUGGGGUUGCCAGCCUCCAGGUGGUAGCUGGAGAUCUCCCCGAACUACAACUGAUCUCCAGACCACAGAGAUCAGUUCCCCUGUUCGAAGGGAGGACUCUCUGGCACUAUGCCCUAAUGAGGUCCCUUCCCUCUCCCACCCCGGCCCUAUCCAGGCCCCACCCCCAAAAUCUCCAGGAAUUUCUCAACCUGGACCUGGCAACCUAGCCAUGGGAAUGAAAGGUGGGAGGGAUAUCUACAGUGGGAAUUAUCUACAGAUAGAAGCGAUUGUGAAAUGUUCGUCCAAAAUGCCAAACUAGCUCUCUAGCUUCACUUAUCCAAGAAACAGUUGCACGUUUGGCAUCUGUCUUAAAGAAAAGAAAAUGGAAACACACGUUUCUUGUCUGUUGUUGCAAAGGGAAAAGUGAAGGAGGGAGGAAGCUGCAAAAGCAAAACAAAACACAGGCAAUGUUUACUUGGCUUGAGGCACCAAGGUGCGGUUCAGCAAACAGAGCUCAGUGGGCAGGCAGGUGGGCUCACGGGGUUGCCAGCUCCAGGCUGGUAAAUUCCUGGAGAUUUGGGGUGUGGUACAUAGAGAGGGCGGGGUUUGGGGAUUGACCUCAGCAGAGUAUAAUGCCAUAGAGUCCACCUUCCAAAACCCCUAUUUUCUCCAGGGGAACUGAUCUUUGUGGCCUGGAGAUCAGUUGUAAUUCCAGAGUAUCUCCAGCCACCACCUGGAGGCUGGCAACCCUAACCCACAAGGACCUUGUUUCAAGAAGCACAACUACUUGGCCUCUGUUAGUUGUAAUUGCAAAAAGGGAGUAAAAUCAUGUGUUCUUUUUCCGGUGGCCGCCUCUCUAUUUCUUUCUUCAGAAUGAUGGAUACACUGGACUGCUUUGCUUUUGCAAAGAUAACUAUUUGUUUGUUCUAAGGUUGCCUCCCAUGUCCCUGCCCCUAAACCUCUGCAGUUAAAAAGACAUUAAAAUCCAUAUUAAAAGCUACGUGUGUGUUUGUGUGUGCGUGUGUAAAAUCUAGAAAGGAGGAUCAAUAGAGAAACACUAAGUUAAACAAAAAAAAAAAGCCUUUACCCACUGGCAGAAGAAAUAGGGUUCCCAGGUGCCCACCAGGGAGGGCACUAACCCUAACCCAGGGGAUUUGCCCCCUCACCCACCAAUCUGCCAGUGAUUGGAAGGAGGUGGCAAGCCCUCCAGAGGUUGCCCCCCACUGGACCGAAUCGGUCCCACACAGAGCGCAGGAAUGCUCCUGCAGCUGGCAUGAUGAUGACGUCAAUUCCGAUUUGGGGCCCAAAUCGGCCCUGUGCAAAGCAUAUGCAUGCUCCUGGGCCUGCGCGAUGACAUCACUCCCAGGGGGUUCCACCUCUAGAAAACUCUUCCCAAGAAUUGCCGGUAGGGAGGGGAACUCUAAGGUUGUUGCAAAGGAAGGACAGAAAGGGCUAGCGCAGUGGUCGAUAAUCUUCUUGAGCCCUGUGGGCACUUUUGAAAUUCUGAGACAAGGAAGUGGGUACCGCUACAAAAUGGCUGCCAUGGGAGGCAGGACCCCGCCUCCCGUGGCACAAAAUCAUUGCCAUCGUUUGGGCAAUUACAAAAGACUGGGCGGUCCCAAGGCAAACAUUGGCCGUUUUCACACUGCUUACCAGCCACGGAACAUCGCGCCGAGCUCCUUGUUCUCGUGCAAAAUCGCGCUAGGAAGAUGCUGUCGUUCCGGGAGCUCAGCACGAUGUUCCGUGGCCAGUAAGCAGUGUGAAAACGGCCCUUCUCUUGUUUCCAAAUAGGCAUUCCCUGCAGAGAUAAAAGUGAUACCUCCUGAAGUAUUCUAAAGCAUCUCCUAUUGUAAUAAGGUGGAGGGAAACCAAGGUUGCUUUUUUGCUUUAGAGGAGAAGCAAGUAAGUGCCAGGGAAUACAUUGGUGGGCACCUGGGCACCCCUGGGGGCCACGCCCAGAGUCACUGGGCUGGAGUGAGACAGCAUCAUGAAGCAGGGUUACCAACAAUCUGGAGGAAAAUAUAUCCCUGCCCCCUUGGUGGUGUGGAGUGUCCUCAUAGCUGAUUUAAGGUGACCCCUUGUGGGAUUUUCAUGGCAAGAGACUGAGAGCCAA